AUGACUUCCUCUGACGGUAUCCUUGAGCCCUUUCUGGGCGCCUUACAGGCAUGCGUUUCCGUUCUGUUUACUCUCUUUUGGGGACUUGUUGCAAGGAGGAUGAAGUUACUGAAGGAGCAGUCGAUCAAAGAUCUGUCUGGACUAGGUGUGAGGGUCUUCCUGCCGGCUUUGAUAGUUGUCAAUCUGGGUUCUCAGCUGCAUCUCGACACUGCACUCGAUUAUAUCCCAGUAUUAGUUUGGUCGACUGCAUACACCGUACUGUCCAUUCUGAUGUCUCAUUUUAUCACUAAACUAUUGAGACUACCACCCUGGGUCACUCCGGCAUGUGCCUUCAAUAACACCACUUCUCUACCAUUGUUUCUGAUGCAGUCGCUAGAGAGUGCUGGAAGUCUAAAGCUGAUUCUUCCGGACGGGAAAUCAAUGUCUGACGCAGUUGAACAGGCACAGAGUUAUUUCCUGGUCUGUGCUGUCAUCAGUAAGGUGAUAGCUUAUGCGACGGGCCCUAGGAUGCUCCAAAAUGGACGCGGUGGAGAUGACCAGGACGAAGAAAAUCAGCAGAACGGGGGACAAAACAAUCAGGAUACUGAGCCAAGCGAGGAGCAGUUGGAUGAAGAGACCCCCUUGUUACCCGAAUCCGUACACAAGGCCGGCCAUAAGAUGGUCUCCCCAUUCAAGCACGGAGCAAACUACGUCUUCUCUCUCUUCCCCAGACGCGUCAAACAGGAACUAGUGUCCGUUGAUUCUCCAUUUGUGGACACGGCUAUCCUCUGUGCUCUGACGGGUACCAUUCUCGGGUUGGUGCCUCCCCUCCACAAGGCCUUUUUCGACCCAUAUGACGAAGGAGGAAUCUUCAACGCUUGGUUGACAGCCAGUGUGAAGAAUGUUGGGAAACUGUUCACAACAUCGCAAGUGUUUGUCGUGGGAGCAAAGCUAGGUGUCAGCUUUGAAAGAAUGAAGCGCAGCGAAGGCUCGGGGAAAGUCCCAAAGCGAGCGAUCCUUACAAUCUUCCUUAUCCGUCUAGUUAUCUGGCCAGCAAUAAGCAUUUCUCUCAUCUAUGCCCUUGCUCUCAAAACAGGCCUGGUGCGCAAUAACCCAAUCUUGUGGUUCACAAUGAUGCUUAUGCCAGCUGGUCCUCCCGCGUUGAUUAUCUCAGGUCUGGCAGAAUUUGCCAAGGUGUCGGAGGUUGAGAAGUUUGCGGUUGCCAAAGUCCUUGCGAUAAUGUACGGCCUGUCUCCAUUUUUCUGUCUCACUAUUACCGGUGCUUUGAAGGCCACUCAAGCGGUACUUGAACAUAAGUCAUGA